UUUUAGAAGAGGGAGUUUGCACCCUCUGUUCGUGCCUGUCAUGUGGUCAAUAUUUCAGUCACGUUGGUCACGAUUUGUGCACAGGAUCGAUAAUGGCUCACGCAAAAUACGCGUAAAAUAGAAAUUAUGGAUUGCAGAAAUGUACGGCAACAAUGCGACUGCUCCGCUGCAAAGCCCGUGUCGAGGACGUUAUGAAAAUCACAAGUCAGAAGAAUGUCAGUAAAUUCUUGCGCUCGUUGUGUUUGCAAAACAGUUGUAAUUCCGUAAAGGAGUUACUGAUUGGAUUUUGUUGACGGAGUAAAUGUUCUGGAAAGCAUGAAAUGCGAAGGAACAGUCUUAGAAGAAGCACAGUUAGUCCAGUGACGCAGAAGGUGAAGGCUCCGCAACAUUUGCUAAGGCUGAAAGACGAAGAGGAUGAGUUUAAUGACGAAUGGAACGAUCGUUUCCGACUGCCCAGUUUGCCAAGAAAGAAAUCAUGGAAAGACAAUGAUAAUGGCUUGUCUAAUGGAAACAGCGCAACAACAUCAGUCUCUUGGUCACAGGAGGUGGAAGAUGUGGCAACUCAGAAGCUGGAGGAACAGUGGGCGGUUGUGGAGAAGUCCUUUUACGAGGAAGAUGAUCAAUUGAUUCAAGGAUCUGUUUUGGAUGAAUGUACACAAUGGAGAACACAGAUACCAUACUUGAGAAUACUUGGCAGGAAUCCAACUUGCACGAAUAACAACAGUGCAAUUGCGCAGCGUGACACUGGUUUUGCUGAUAAAAAAGUGAAAAUAUUUGAUGAUUCACAAAAUGAUGACUUAUACAUGGAAUAUAAUCAAUCAAUGAAAGAAGCAGAGCAUUCUACACCAUACAAAUUAAAUAAGGCAAAAUUCGAAGAUGUUAUUGACAUGCUGGUGGAGUAUAUAAUGUCAGAGCUUUUCCCUAACAAGGAGAAUGAUACAGAUUUUUUAUGUGAAAGCUUAAGUGAUACUUUAAAAAUAGCUCCCGCUCCUGUUCAUAACAACAGAAAUUCAUCAAGAAAUUCGACAAAAUUAAAUUGGACGGAUGAAGCCAUUUCACCCAAUUACAUUGAGAACAAGUCUUUGAGUAUAAGAAAUCGAUUGCUAGAUACAGAAAGCUCUUUUCAAACAGGCAAAAAUGAUGCAAAUUCUCAAGGAGUUCAAAAGAGGCGAAAAAGUUCAGUUUCUGCAAAUAAGCCGAGAAAUUUUAGUACGGAAGAUGAUGUAUCAGAAUCCAAGGAGAGACUAGACACUCCACAUAUAGGCAGAAAUAAAUUGGGCACUGUCUUUAACGAGAAGAUUGUUGUGAGCCCCGUGCCUUUUGCAGUAACUACGCGAGAAAGUUUUUCCACUUUAAAAACCAUUCCGAUUCGAUUCAUGAGCGAGAAUAUGGAAAUUUCUUCUUUUCAAGGAUCAGCCAAAAACAUUUUAGGUUUUCCAGGAAGCUCCGCGAAAAACUUGAUUGCUCUGAGAAAUGCGAAUAUUCAUUCCGCCUGGCAAGCGCCUGUUUGUCCCACUGUCUGGCCGAAAAAUGUUCGACUCGCUCCCAUAGAUGCUUCGAGACUUCCUAGCAGCAAAAAUAGGUCACUAGCACCCUCACCCGCUGUUCUGCAUUGCAGCAGAAAACCAUUAAGUCCGAUUUCUCGUUCCGCGGUACCGAAAUCCGCGUACGCGACUCGCGAUCGUCACAGCGAUCUUUUACAGAUCCAGGGGAAGCACAUCGUUCCCGCGCAAUCGAAGAUCAGUUUGCUCUCGGCUGGCUGGGACUAUAAUCCCAGAACCACCAAGAGCAAGAAGAAGAAAGUCCGAGCGAAGGAGAGAAUCUGAAGGAAGGCUUAACGCGAAAAAUGGAAAGCGCUUUCAACACUUGCUUGCGAUAUAAAAUAUAUUUUUUUAGAAAUGUCGUUACGUGUUAUCCUGCGUGCAAUCGCGAGGGAACCGAAAAGUACAAAAAAUGCUGCUUCAACGCAUUCGGUUUCGCAGCAGGAUAGAUGCUUGAAGCACGAUGAAACGCUUUAAAAUGUCAUUGUGUAAUUUAUGGAAAAUGAUCGUCGCAAUAUAUAUAUGCGAGGCGAUGUUCUAUUUUAAAUAUCGUUUAUUUCAAAGAUGAUAUAACAAGUUUCUACCUCACCCGUGUUGUUCAAGUGUUCUACACGCUUAUCGUGAAUGGAUAUAUUUUUGUAUACCGCACAAUUCUGCAUUGUAAAUAUAUUGAAUGUGAUAAAUAUAAUA